UGAUGGAGACUACCCUGGGAUCAAGAAGGUAAACCCGACCUUUGACCCUGUAAGCAGGAAGUGGUUUCUCCACGCCCCUUCCAUGUGAUCCUGACUGCUUUCCGCCCGGCUUUUCGUCCUUCCUUUCUAGUCACUUCAGUUGAACACACUGUGGUCUGGGUAUCAUCAUGGCGUUCCGCUUCAAGGCCUCCAAGUAUAAGAAUGCAGCUGCCAAAGUGCCCAAGAAGGAUGGUUGGAUCACGGACAUCAGCGUUCCUCGAGGCCUGUCAUCCCAAGGCAACCACAUCAAAGCCAACUGCCAUCACAUAGCCUACUGUCACGACAGCCCAGGUGGAAACAUCCUCGGUAUAUUACCUCUAAACAGUGUUGGCAGACAAGACAGAUCUACCCCCUUGCUACAUGCUCAUGCAGAUUCUGUCACAGACUUUGACUUCUCACCAUUCGAUGCUUUCUCGGAGACUUCACUUCUGGCAACGGGGUCUCAGGACUGCUCGUUUUAA